AUGACCUCUAUUAUUCCUUUACAUAUUCCUUCUCAAAUUAUUCUAUUAACUCAAACAUUACAUCAUCAAAUAAAGAUAUAUAAUAUUGAAGAACAAUUAAUUAUUGAUCCAAAUGGAUAUCAAUUUGUAUUAUCCAAUACCAAUACAAUCAAUAUUCAAAUACCAGAUGUACAAUCUCUUGUUGUACAAGAACCAUCAAUCGAAUUAACUGAGUUAGAAAAGAAAAUUACUAAAGGAAUAUUACAAGCAGCCAUAAAUGGAGAAGUAAAAGCCAGAUCACCA